ACAUGUACUGUAUAGGUAAAUAAAGUACAUGUUGUAUUGAGCCAAGAAAGCAAAUACAUAUUUUAUGUUUGCACAAUACAAUACGUAGGUACCUAGGUACUUGUAUCACCAACUGCAAGCGUCAGCGCUGAAUCAUCCAAAUACAAUAGGUACCUAUGAACGACAAUAGUGAGUAAAACAGCAGCAUAUGAUUUGAUUAUUAAAUGUUGAAGGAACCACUCGUUUUUCUUCCGUUAUAAUUUUGUAAAAUCAGAAGUUUAACAUCAGUAUAGUAAUUCGUACGUAGACUAUAGGUACCCAUCUAGGUACCUACGCGAAGAACGUUGCAACAGACACUUUUGAUUUGUUCCUUGAAAUCUCUAAGUCUCCCUAGCAAAUUUACAACUUGAAACGAAAUGUUUUAUUUAGCUACUUUGUUCAUUAUAAUAUUCGUUAAUGUAAUCCUGCAUACCGAUGGAAAACUUCCAUUUACUGAGGAUACUUUGAAGGAUAAGUACGGGGACAUUAUUUUUUCAACUGUGAUUUUCCGCCACGGACAUCGAACGCCAGUAACUCAAUACCGGUAUGCUGAAAAGGAUCCUCAAGCUGAGGAAUAUUGGAAGGAGAAUUGGCCUGAAGGGAUAGGACAAUUAACUAAACAAGGGAAACAGCAGAUGUACUCAUUAGGAAAAUGGUAUCACGAAAGAUACGAGUCCCUGGUUUCUGAAGGAUACAAACCCGAUCUUCUCAAAGAAGAAAGUUCAGAUGUAGAUCGUACAAUAAUGAGUGGUCUAACUUUUCUGGCUGGAUUUUUAUACCCUAAUGAAAACGAAAUGUGGGCCGAUGAUGGUCUGAAGUGGCAGCCGGUACCAGUACGACAAAUACCAUUGGAUCAAGAUUAUACUCUCGCUCUCUAUGGAGUCAAAUGCGAUAGAUACGACCUGGAGAAGAAAAGAUUAAAAGAGCAUGAAUUAAUGAAAACUUAUUAUGAAAACGAAAAGUAUCGAAAAGUUUUUGAUAUCAUCAACGCCAAAUCUGGAUUAAAAGCGACACCGGAUGAUAUGAUUCAAGCAAUUAAAAACGCUUUCAUGUUGUAUGAUAUUUUUUCCUUAGAGAGAGCAAGAAACAUAGACUUACCAGAUUGGGCUGCAGAAAUAUAUCCAGAACCAUUAACAGAGAUCGCAGGUCUUAAUUUUACAUUAAGAGUGCAUACAGACCAAAUGAAAAAAAUUAAAGCUGGUGUAUUAAUUGGAAAAAUAAUUAAGGAAAUGGAGGCGAAAGUUGAAGGAAAAGAACCUCGUACAUUUCAUCUUUAUUCCGCUCACGAUUUCACUGUUGUUGCAUUACUCAAGUCACUAAACGUUGAAAACUACGAUGGGCAUGUAGCUGCUCACAGUUCAUCUGUAAUGAUCGAGUUGAGACAAAAAAACAAAGAUCACGUUGUGACGAUUUUAUACAAAACUUCGGAUACCUCGGAACCGCAGUUUUUGCAUGUGAAAGAGUGUACUGAUUAUUGUACAUUGGAUACAUUUAAAUCAUUAACCAAACAUUUGAUAUUGGAACAGAAGGAUUGGAACACAGAAUGCACUAUUACACCGGCGGAAAAAGCAUAUCUUGAUGAAAAGGUGCCUGAGGCUGAAUCAAGCCAAGCAAAAUCAACUUCUGAUUAAAUCAUUGAGCAGAAAGCAUAAUCCUGAGAGCUAUAUAGGUAGUGUAGGUAUUUGAAUAUACCUAAUACCUUUUUAAAUUACUUUUACAUGUACCUACUAUUUAAGAGAAUAUAGAAUAAUGAUUAGAUAAUAAAUUAAUCCUCAUCAUGUAUUGUUUAUAUAGAGUUUAAGUCCGCAUAUUUCUCCAAUAAAUACCUAGAUAUUUUA